AUUUGUUUUUGCAGAUUUGAUUUCUACCGUGUGGUUGCUUGUUUGUUUCCCAUAAUCACUACUGAUUUUCCUUCAAAAGUAUCCAUAUGGAGUCUUUAUAACUUGUUCUGCAGAUAAACGGGUGGAUGGCAACCAUCAGAGUGCUGCUAAAAUUGCAGAAAGAAGCAUCUUUGUUUGAUCUUAUGCUACCUACUCACACAAGCCACAACAAGCGAAUUUUUUAAUACAUUUACCAUUUAAACCGAAUGGCAGAAUCUCAGCCCCCGAAAGAUCGGUAUCGGCAACGUACAGCGCUGAAAAGGCUACGGAAAAUAAGCGCAUCAGAGACUCUAAUUUAUUGCCUUUUUCUACAGGAACAUUGUAAAUGAAAAUCCUCUUGAAGAUCUAAGAAGAAAUAGGCUCAGAGUUUAAUGAUUUGAGAUUACAUCAACAAGCUCGCGUAGAGCUCUCAUAGUUUGAUGGUAUAAUUUCCGUCAUCAUAGCCGUAAAAAUCAACAAUUUCUCCUACUUUUGAAUGGAAAGCGACAAAAGUAAACAAGUUUCAGAGAUCAAAAGGAGAUAAAAUUUACUUUUGAGCGUCGCCUCAGAAAAUAGAGGUUGGAGAACAGAUCAAGGAUUUUGCUUUUGCGGAUGGUACGGACAAUUCUAGGUGAAAACGCCGGAGAAUAAUCAGUAAAAUUCAAACAUGACAGGAAUGGAAACGACGUCGACGAAGACCGCGGCGGAUGAGGAUGGAGGGAAAACGGAUGUUGAAUGGGAGGCAGGAAGAUUGAUUAUAAAUAGCUAAGGGUGACGAAACCCUAAUGUCCGGUAGAUGGCGAAGCUACAUUAGGGGCCCUCUUGUACUCUGAACUGUCGAGCCCAUCCCGUAAGGCUGUCGAAUUUAAAUAUGUUGGUCCUCUGUUUUAUAUUCAGGAAUCGUCCAGCAGAUAUUCUACGUAUGGGCCUCUGGCCCCAAACAUCCAUUUUUUGGUCCAAUCUAAGUCCACCUGGUUGGUUUAGUUGGGCUGCUUUUGAUGCAUUUCUAAAAGGACAACUGUUUGAUUGGCCUGAAAUCGAAGGUUGAU